AUGUCCAAUAUUCAUGAAUACUUUACCAUAGCUUUGAAACACUAUGGUGGUACUUUUAAGUUUACAGGACCCUUGUUUACAAACAUCAACUUUUUCCUCACUAGUGAUCCUAUGAACGUUCACCACAUUACAAGUAAGAACUUUGUCAACUAUGACAAAGGUUCUGAGUUCCAUGAGAUUUUUGAAGUUCUUGGAAAUGGGAUCCUCAAUUCUGAUUACGACAUCUGGAAGCGCCAGAGGGACAUAUUACAAUCAUUGUUCAAGCAAAACAUUCUUGAGAACUUUGUUACAAAAUCCAUUCAUAAGAAGUUGGAUGGUUCCCUACUUCCACUUUUGAAUGAUGUUUCGAAAUCAGAAACUAUUGUGGACUUGGAAGACAUCUUUCAGAGGUUCACUUUUGACAACAUUUGCACCAUAGUGUUGGCAUUUGAUCCCAAAUGUCUUCCCAACAAGUUCACUGAAUUCCAAGAGGUUGCUUUUGAAAAAGCUUUCAACAAAAUGGAGGAUGCAAUUCUCUAUAGGCACUUUGUCCCAAGACCCUUGUGGAAGCUGCAAAAAUGGCUCCGAAUCGGAUCCGAGAAGCACUCCAUUGUAUCCCAACAAAUUAUUGAUAAGUUCUUGCAUGAAUGUAUAUCAUCCAAAUUUGAUGAAGAGCAGAGCAGAGUCAUCAAUUUCACUCAAGAAGAUGAACCAAACUUUAACAUGCUUAAAGCUCUUGUGGAAGAAAGUGGAAUGGAACAAAUAGAUUACAAGUUUCUAAGAGACACUGCAAUUAAUCUCUUGACGGCAGGAAGGGACAUAAUCAGUGCAGGUCUCAGUUGGUUUUUCUGGCUUGUUUCGACUCACCCUAAAGUUGAAACCAAGAUCCUUGAAGAAAUCAGAGCAAACUUCAAAAGUAAUGAAGAAAACUGGCUCAUUUCAGAGUGCCAUUUGAGCAUAAAUGUGCCAUCAAAUCUGAUAUACUUCCUACUGGAGAUUGUAUUGGUCCAAAUACUAUGA